CUUUAUUGAUCCGCCUAGAACUUUAAAACGGACAGUAGGAAGUCGUUAUGAUAGCAUAGCAGAUGAUACAAUGAAUGAGGUUGCUUGUCGCAGGAGUGCAAAUAAUGCAAAGACCUACAUUGGACCAAGGGAAUAUAUUUACAACUUGGUUCCCCAAACAAGAACAGAUGAGGGCACGAGAUACAAAUGCCUGCCAAAAAUUCGAAUAGACAAGGCAAAGCUGGGUGUACCGCCUAAAAAAUACCCAAUGAAGACUUUUGGCCCGCCACCCCAUGACCAACCCCUUCCGGUGGUUUAUCCAAACAAAAGAACCUACAUGAAAAAGCAUUGCAAGAAACCCUACGUCAAAUUGAUGAAUCAUUCUAUUGCUGACUGUCGUAGAAUUGCAGAGAAGCGCAUACGUCAAAAUGAAGACGGUUCAGCCGGUUCGAAGACUGAAAGCCUAGCAGAUCCCAAGCCAAUACUUCCUAAUAUAAAGCAGACCAAACCAAUCGAUGGUGCCAAUGAAGUCCCUAUUCGAUGUCUGAAAAGAGAAAGGAACGCUGUGAACUGGAUAACCCGCAAUGCAAUUUCUGCAAUAACCAGUAAACCAGGCUUCAGAGUACCUCCAGGAGACACAAGGAGAAUUGUGGAUACCCGGAAAGGUGAUAGACAGCAGCUAAAGUCGAACCGCACCGUCUCUGGCUUAGAACCUUUGUACGUCUACAAACCUGGAUUCGGUGAAGUGCCAGCGUGCAUUGUUAAAUGGAAAAAUGCAUUAAGAGAAACAAGAGAUCUUCUUAGCAAGUACGUGAACGAGAAGGAAAUCCAAGGUACCGAUUACCUUCUGACACCAGAACAACGAGAGAAUUUACUUAAUGGCCUAAAGGCCGCCUGGGACAAAUACAAUCGAAAAUUCCUAGGAUUAGCUUCCAUUAAUGAUACAUUGAAGGGUAAGGCAUACAGAGAAUAUUUGCAAAACCAGUUGGAUUCAUUAAAGGCUGAUAUUGACCUGGUUGAGGGUCAUCAGUUUUUGUUUGUUGAGGCCCCAAAAGACCCCACUGGUGAGCCGAAAGAAGUAAUCAAGCACAUAUGCGCUUGAAUGCUCAAUUCUGUGCAUUACGUGACAUAUGAGUUGAAAGCCAACGACAACUGAAUUUUUGUAAAUAUCGCUUGGAGAAACGUCGUUUCACUGCGGAGAUUCUUUUUAACUACUGGUUAUCUCCGAUAAGAACUUGAUCUUACUACAUAAGAUAUCGGCAUUUGCAAAACUUUAACGCUGUCCUUAACGAGAACAAAGGGGGAAGUGACACUAGGUGCUAGCAUCCAGAAGUCGUGGGGUCGGAAUCCCAUUAUACACGUCAGCAAGCAAUGGAAAACACCAUCUACCGUGCCUCAAUACAUUAGUAAAGAAAACAAAAAUGCUAUGGCACGUUGGCUGAGUCACCGGUAGCCGAUGGAUAUCGUUCCGGAGAGCUGACAGCCGGCUUAUGUACCGUGAAAAUGUAUUAUAUUCUACAUAUGAUUUGAGAUCAUGGAUAGAGCGGGUGGAUAAGCGAGAGGCGGAGAGACAAAUAAACCCGCAACUCGAACACCACUGAAGUCGGCUCCUAGCCAUAGCAACAAGUGUAUCCAGCCAAACUCUUCAUCGUCUUUCGGUCGCUAACCAGACAGCCGAGAGGCACCUAUCGUGGUCAAUUUCGUGGUAAGGGCUUUUAUCCCGUUUGCCCAAGUCAUAGCUUGGCCACCUCUCCUUCACACCCGCAGUGUGUAAGCAACGCAGGUCGCGGG